CUUUUUCACUAGAAAAGUACUUGAAAACAAAUAAACAAAAGAUUAAUCAGGAAUCCAGGUUUGUAUAUAAAGUCGAGAUGAUCUAAAUGUAAGUAUAGUUCCUGAAACGACUUCAAAUCAAACAACUAAAAUGUCCCAUAAAAGUUUGGCAAUUUUUGUAUUAGCUUGCAGCCUUUCUGCUGUUUUUGCUGCAAGAUCCUGCUACCUUUGCAAUUCGUACACUGAUUAUGAUCAUACAGCUUGCGUUGACCCCAUGAGCCCUUAUCCAGCAGUAAAUUACACUAUAUGCGGUGACUCUUACUUGUGUACACGUGUGUCUUACAUUACACAAAAGCAAUACGUCGUGUCCAGAGGCUGUGACCCAGCAGGAAACACUUGUAAUAACAUUUACAACACGUUGCGGGGUUAUUAUCCGGAUAUUUCCAGUUUCAAUUGUUACACUUGUGGUGUCAACUAUUGUAACGGUGUUUCUGGAUUGUAUCAUGCCGCCGAAAUAAAGAAUGAAGAUGAAAAGGAAUACGAAAAUGGAAAUAUUGUAUAAGAUUCAGUGAAAUAAAUUAUUAUUGAUACUAUAACCCUUUAGUUUUUCUGUUUAUACAUUCUUAUAUAGUGAGUUUCGAAAUAUGAUGUUUCGGGUUUGAGGGCACGAUUUCGUAUUAAUUCCUGAACUACCA